UCGUUGUAAAGACAUGACGUGCCAGCAGAGGGCGGAACAAGUUAAUGUUGUCCAUCUCAGGAGAUUUGUCCCUGCAGCCUUUCUGCAGUCUGUCCGUCUGUGUGUUGUUUUGUGUGCAUGAGAAGGGUGACUAGAAGCAGAGGAACGCGUGCACAGGUCUUUUUUUUAAAGAAAGCACCUGGACACGUUGUGUGUGAGACAUGUUGUAAUGUCACGAGUUUAGAUACUACAUUUCAUCAUUUGCACUUAAAAAAAAGAGCUAUUUAUUUGUAUUUAACCGAAAGAAGCUGUAUUGUUGAGCCAAAGCAGGCGCGGUGUGGCUUUAUUGUUUUGUGAAACCAGUACUUUCUGCCUGUUUCAUUCUAUUUAGUUAAAUAGUGUUACUAUAAGAGAAAAAGAUGUCCACUGAAUUCCUGAAGACCACUGCCAAGGCCAUCCCGUCGACCAGGAGGGUGACCAUCAACGACGCGGCGCACAUGCCCAACGAUUACUCCACUACUCCCGGAGGAACCCUGUUUAGCACGACCCCCGGUGGUACAAGAAUCAUCUACGACAGAAAGUUCCUGCUGGGUUGCCGCAGCUCUCCGGUGGCCAAGACUCCUCCUCAUGGUCUGCCUAACAUUCCCGGGGUGACCAGUCCUCCCUCCAAUGAACCCAGGAAGAAGGCCCCUAAUGCAGAGCAACUGAACAACAAAACCACUGCUCCUGAGAGCAGUAGCACUGGUGAUGACUCACAGUUUGAAAUGGACAUCUAGGUGGUCCUGAAAGCAGUAUUAAGAUAUCAGACGUACCAACACGAUGCUGUGAAGAGAGGCUUUGAAGCACCAUCUCCUGCCUCAUCAACCAUUCCAUGUAGACGGAGGUUUGCCCUCAGUAUCUCCAGUGUCUUAGUGUUUCAAAGUCUGUCUUUAUCAAUCUCCUUUGCUUGUUUUGCCCAGAACAAAUCUUUAAUGAAACGUUUUCUGUCUGCCUCUGGCUUGUUCUGAUUUAUGUGUGACAAAGUGUGCCUUCCUCUUGUGGCUAGAAGUUUAAAGUCAACACUGAGAAGUACUUACAGUAACAACGACAAAGCCUCAUCUCUGAGAUAAAUGAAUGAAAAUGAUCAACAAUAGAAAAAAUAAUAAUGAAAUUUUUCUGAAUUUAAAACUAUUCCAAAAGGGUUUUUCACUUGAUGUGCUUUUAUUUCCACUCAUUUCCUGACAACUCUCGUCAGAUAUUGCCUUGCAAAGCUCAAUAUACUGUAUCUUUUGUUGAUUGUUCUCUUUAAAACAAGUCCUUCAACUGAAGUGUCAUACAGUGAAUGUAAAACAUAAUUUUGUUGAUGACAUUUUUGAAACAGAUUUUCACACGGUUUGUAGGGUGAUCGAGCAUUAAAGCAAACACUAUGAAGCAAA